AUGAACUCAUUGCGAGCAAACCUAGUAAGGACGUUAACACGUUUGUUGAGCAUGCAUCAAUAUGCAUAUGAAAAUGAAAUUCUGUUCCAGCAAGCUGUUGAAGCAGUAAAUAAGAUCCGGAAUAAAUAUCCGGUGCCAACUGAACCCAAGAUCGUUUGUCUCGUUCGUUCGCAACGCGAGCGAGAGAGGCGGAGAAAGCACCCCGUGUUGAUGACGAACUGUGAUAGUCCUUACGGCUUCCCGUGA